AUGGUAGAUAAACAGAAGGACUUACAUGAUCUCAUAGCCACAUUUAUUGACAAUGAAGCAGGCAUUGACAAUAAGGAGGAGGUGGAGGAGGACAAGGAAGAGGAAGAGGAAGGAAAUGAUGAAAUAUUUCUACAUUUUGUAGAUGACACACUUGAAGCAGGUUCAUUACUCCCCAAAUACCUACCUUUGGCUUCUAUGACUUCAAACAUAGUAGAGGUCAAUGAUAUCAAUGCUAUGGUGGAACAGGCAAAGAAACAAGCAAGGACUGGACCCAGUCCAGUCAAGCACAGUCUAGUUGAGCACCCUAUUCUGGAGAACAUCUUGGUACUGAAUGAAUUUCCUCAUAGGACUGGUAUGGAUUACUCAAAUUAUGUUCUAUAUUGGAUUAGUGUCAGAGUGUUGCUUCCAGACAAGCAACAGCAGAACUGGAUAUUCCAGAGCAUCCUCAGUAAGACAGCACUCAAGCACUGUAAAUUAAACUAUGUUCCUAAUGACAAAAUGGAUACAGUGUUCAACUAUCUGUGCCAUAAGAAGGAGAAACGUUUAGAACUCUCUAUUGGAGACUGA